UUGCUGGGUACAAUUUUUUACGAUGCAUUAAUAUGAUUACAAAUUCGGGCAUACCCAGGAAAAUUAUUUCUGGGAAAUUUGGAAAUAUAAAUUUUUUAUACAAUCAUUAAAAAAUCAAGUUUGUGAAGAAGAAAGAAGUGAAGAUCUUAAAAAAGCUAGUGAGGAAAAAGACGAACUUAAUAAAAAACUACUUAGUUGUUUGGAAAAUAUAAAUAAAAACAAGAAUUCCUUGAUGGAAAAAGAAAAUGAGAUCCAGGAAAACAAAGAGGAGAUUAAAAGAAAAGCAGAUCUACUGAAUAAAAGAGAUGCAGAAAUUCAGAAGAAGACUGAACAGGCAAAGAGCAAGGACUCCCAAAAUAAGGAUCUAACCAGUCAAAUAAAUGUUUUAUCUCAGAACUUAACUAAAAAAAUUGAAAAACUUAAAAAGUGUGUUGACCCAAAUCCUUGCAACAACGUCAGCAAGGACACAUACAAAAUAAGGCUUCCAGGAGUGAGUGCGUUUGAGGCUCCUUGCCAUGGAACUGGAUUGAUGGUAAUUCAGAGGCGGAUGGACGGCAGCGUGAAAUUCAAUCGCAAUUGGGCUGAAUACAGAGAUGGAUUUGGAAAUUUGACAGGAGAGUUCUUCUUAGGCCUGGAGAAGUUGCACCUCAUCACUCAGUCGAGACAGCACGAACUGCUCAUCCGUCUUGGAAAAGUGGACGGGUCCACUGCUUUCGCAAAGUAUGAUAAUUUCAGGGUUGGUAGUGAAAAGGAUUCCUAUCUAUUGCAAUCGGUUGGAAACCCCACUGGAGGGGCAGGCGACUCCCUCACACAACAUGUGAAUAUGAAAUUUUCAACAUGGGAUAGUGAUAAUGACCACUACUCGGAUAAUUGCGCUGAAAUGUAUAGUGGUGGCUGGUGGUUUGAUGCAUGUGCAAAGAGUUCCCUAAACGGAUGGUUCCACAAAUAUGGCAAUAAGACGAAUGAAGAAAAAUCUGGAAUAAUUUUGGGCAGUUGGCAAGACUGGAAGUGGAAUGUUUCUCUUACAUUUGUUGAAAUGAUGAUAAGACCCAAACACUGAAAAAAUUAUAAAAUCCACUCCAGAAUAUUAUACUCCAGGAUUAAAUGGAGCACAUAUCGCACCAACACGCAAGCCAAUCGGGCAAAUCUGGAUUAUUUUUCAUUAACAAUUUAGAAUUUAUGGAAUAUUUUCAGAAUAGAAAAAGGCAAAUUUGUUACCUUGAACUGGCCUUGGUCUUAAGCCAAGAACAUAAAAAGGCUAAUUUUCUUCUUAACGUUGUUUUGUCCAAGUUGGCAUUUAAAUGGCUGCUGAUUGUCAAUAAACACAAUAUACAUAUAUUUUUUUGCUUUUUCAAUGCCAAAUUACAGAACCUUUCCGUCAGAACCUUUUAUGGGCCAACAAUUUCAUAAAUUGUGUUUGUUGGGACUGCUCUUUUGUUCCUGUUUUUAACCUGGUUAUUGUUUUUUUCUUUAAAGAAUUCUUAGAACAGAAUAGAAGCAUAGAAUAUGUAUCUUUUUCUUAUCGAACAUGUUAACUAUUAGACUAAAAUAAAAUCAAUAUUCUAUACUCUAAUGUCAUUGCGUGUAUAAUGCGAUGGUAAAACUGAAAUAAAACCUUGUUUGACUUUA